CAUUGCUGCACACCUGGUCGCCAGCCAGUGCUUACCAAGGAGGGGCAAGGUGGCUGGGAGGUUGGCACUCUGCAGGGGACACUGGUGGGAGCACCUAAUUGGCUCCAUACAGCUCCCUCCCCCCUUACCCCUCUCCCCCCUUGUAAAUGGCAGCAAGUGCUGGGAGGUCGAGUUUCAUGGCUGAAUUUGAACUGCGGUCGCCCUGGGCCUAGUCCGACACUCCAACCACUACGCCAUACUGCCUCCCCCACCCCAGUCCACUUCUUCUGUUCCAUUCUUCUGCAUUUGAUCAAAAAUCGUAUCCCUCAGCUUCCGAAUAAAGGAGGCAGCUGCAUUCGCUGACUGCUUGCGACUCCCGCGCUCGGCGUUUAACAUUUCAAGAGACACCCGAGAAGGCUUUUAUUGCGAAAAGAGCUUCGGCAAAGGAGCAGGCCUCUCCCCCCCUUCUCUUAUCCCCUCCCCACAAGCCUGCCGGGUCUGGCACACUUUGCACACUCAGCAACUAAGUUGGCUGCGAAACAAGCGGUGAGCCCGACGGCGUCGGACCAUCUCUCUUCCCCCCUCCCCCCCAGUUUGCGCGCGGUCCCCUGCACACGUCUAGGAGCAGCAGCAGCAGCGAGAAAAUAUUUAUAACAGAUGCGCUAGAGUAUCCCCAAGAGCUUAGCAGCAGAUCCGCAGUCUGAAUUUCUGCACACCGAACCCCCAUCUUUCUUUUAAAUGAUAAGUAAGAGGCUUAGCCUGCAAAGCAAACUCCCCAAACACUGUGUGGUGGUCGGGAAGGCACCUUGAGGCGGCAGCAUCUGGUUGCAGUUACCACGAGACAGAAAUGGAGAAAGACCAGAUCUAUUAACGGCUGCAGUUCUGGGCGGCAGCUAAGUUGCUCUUGGGAAGUUCAAUGUCUGGCGUCCAACUGAGUGCUGAUGAUGAGACAUCUAAGGACAAAGGAAAGAGGUAACAGCGUCCAGGGUCUUCUGCUGGAUGUGGAAACAGGAGGUGGCAAAAGAGAGGGAACAAACAGUCUGAGCAUGGGUCAGAAAACAUGGUAUAGAAUGAGACUAAAGAGAUCUCCUGUGACUGGUUGCUGCUUCUUGCUUGCCUUGUCUGCAGUCGCUAUUACUAGUUUCUCUUCGACAUCCCUAAACACCUACAAAGAGUCUGAUUUCCAAUACCUCCCUUGGAAUGAGCCACAAGGGAAAGGUGCCCAUUCCAAGCAGGUCUCAACAAACUCCACUUCCCGGCAAACUUGGCACUUCAGCCACCGAAAACGGCCCAACCAUCAGGGAAGACAAACUCUACCACAUCCCAGCUCUGUUUGCAAGCAAAAGAGCAAGCUGAACAGCUCGGAUGGACCAAAUCUCAGGGAUCUAAAAUCAAAGAGAAAGUAUAGUGGGCAGAUGAAAAAACCUAACAUUACAGAGGAAGGCUCUGAACACAACAAAAACCUCCGGCACAACAAAGGCUAUUCCUCCUGGACCAGCCAUAAAAGCAGAAGAAAGUUUGGUGUCCCUUUAAGGAAUGCCAGGAAAGAUCUGAGCUUCUCUCUGCAUACAAGUAAAGAUCAAAAACUGCCAAGGGUGUCAGCCCCCUUCUCUCCUCCUUUACGAGACAGGAAGCUUGGAAUUCUUUUAUAUCUUAAGAAUGCUUCCGCAGGCCAGCCAGCUCCUCCACAGGAGCAAUGUAAACCAGAUGCGCCAACAGCUGGUGCUGAACACCAACCCUUAGGUUUAGUUAAAGCCAUUAUUUCAGACAGACAGUCGUUCCAGAGCAUAACAGGCACUUGGGAACAGAUGGAUAAUGCUCUCUCUCAGAAUCCAGAGCAAGCUCCGUUUUGGGCAAGAGAUGCAGAGGGGCUGCAGAAAUCAAGAUGGUGCCAAGAGCCUCAAGGCAAUCGCCUUCCUGGAAAGCAGGGGGGCAGACUGAGGUUUGGUGAGAAUAUCCUUCCAUGGUUUACCGUGGAUGAUAUUCAGAAGAUGAAGCUUCUGGCCAAUGGCACAGUGGUAAACAAAGACCGAAUCCCUGCCCAUGGGCAAAUACUCAGGGUCGCCCUUUCAGCCAACCAGGAUGCCUUUUCACAUGACCCCCAAAGGCUCUGUUUGCAUGGGCUGUGCGGUUUAAUCAAAAGGCCUACUGACCUCUAUGAGGUUCUGGCUUUCCACUUGGACAGAGUCUUGGGGCUGCAUCGGAGCUUGCCUGCAGUGGCCAGGAAAUUCAGGAGUCCUCUGCUACCUUACAAAUACACCAAUGGUGCCACGAGGCCCGUCAUAUGGUGGGAACCUGAUAUACAACAUCUGAAUGAUUCCAAUAAUGACCAGAACUCCUUUGCUUUAGGAUGGCAGCAGUACCAGCAGUUACUGAGACAACGAUGUGGCAUGGAAGAUGCUAAAAUACCUCUUGGGAAAGGUCCGUGUGGGACUAUCCUGCAUUCAGAAUGGGCCAGACUGGCACUCUUUGACUUUCUCCUACAGGUCCAUGACCGUCUGGAUCGAUGCUGCUGUGGCUUUCAGCCAGAUCCUUCUGAGCCUUGCAUUCAGGAAUUGCUCCACGAAAAAUGCCGAAACCCUGCAGAACUGGGAUUGGUUCAUAUCUUGAUUCGGAGGAGGAAGCCUUCUCACUUAGUAUUUAUUGACAAUGCAGGCAGACCUCUACAUCCCGAAGCAAAACUUAAUUUCAGGCUGCUGCAAGGCAUAGAUGGGUUUCCUGAGACAGCUGUGACUGUGCUCAAGUCAGGAUGUUUGCAAAAUCUGCUUUUACAAUCCCUGUAUGUAGAUGAGGAAUUCUGGGAUAACCAGGGUGGAUAUGAAGGAAUUAAACAUUGGCUCCAUACCAUUGACAGGAGAGGACAGAUUCUGCUUAAAUAUAUUGAGGAGCACAACUUAGCGGUCAUGAAAGAAUCCUCACUUUAGACUUUCUGAACAAGGGUGACACACUCACCUGCAAUGAAAAGGAACGUUCCGCUCUGUGAAAAUACCUCGGUGCCAAGAUGCCAGCAAACACACAAGGCACUUGACUGACAAGGCACUUGACUUGACUGACAUGCAAUUUCUGUUGUAUGU